AUGAUGAUGUCUGCCCAACGCACCGUUGGCUUUGCCGCCCUACGAGCCAGGAGCCUGCCCGUCGUUGGUCGCGGGUUCAGCAUCUCGACGAGCAGCCGGCUCGGAUUGAAGGAGUCGUCUAGUCAGACGGACGCGGACUACGAUAAACAUAAGCGGGAUUCGCUGGAUAAGCAGAAGAAGGGCGCUGGGCACUGGAAGCCGGAACUUGCGUCGGAUAGUGAGGAGGCUGUGAAGGCGGAUAGGGCGCCGUCGGGGAGGGAGGAGAUUUCGAAGUUGCAGGAGAGGACGAAGAAGUCUGCGGAGGAGACGUCCAAGUCUGGGACUAAAACCGCCGUCCCGUUCAUGGCUUUCAAAGAUGCCGGAUUCCACGUAACAGUUGCCACGGAAAAUGGCAAAUCCCCCGCCUGCGAUGCCAAAAUGCUGCAAGGCCUCACUCAGAAACUCCUCGGCGCCACAGCAUCAGUAGUAUCUCAAUACAACACCGUGUCCCAGUCGCCGGAAUGGGCGAACCCCGUGGCAUGGACAUCGCCAUCCUUCUCACUGGACGACUACAACCUCGUCUUCCUGCCUGGCGGGCACGAAAAGUCCGUCCGGCAGGUCAUUGACUCGGCGGUCGUGCAUAAGCUACUACUGGACUUCUUCCCCAAGACUAAGAAACCUAGUAGCAAGGCUGUUGGGGCGGUGUGCCACGGCGUCAUGGUCCUUUCUGAGGCGAAGGGCGAGGAUGGCAGGAGUGCGAUUCACGAUGCUGUUACGACGACUCUGCCGGCAAGGUUUGAGCAGGUUGCGUUUUGGGGGACGAGGGCGUUUCUGGGGGAUUAUUACAAGACGUAUGGGGCGUGUAGUGCUGAUGUGGAAGAGAGUGUUCGCAAGGCGUUGGAUGAUCCGGCGAAGCAGUUUAGGGGGAGUCUUGGUCCGGGACCGUUUGUUGUUGAGGAUGAGACGUACAAUUAUGUUAGUGCUCGGUUUCCGGGGGAUGUUGCCCUAUUGUCUGAGAAGCUUGUUGCUUUGGCGAGAAGCUUGGGCGGUUCUUGA